UUGCUGUGAAUUGACCAGACGACAGGAGACAAGAAAAUGGCAGAAGUAGCUCCAGCUCCGGCCGCGCCCGCCGCCGCGCCGGCGAAGGCCCCGAAGAAGAAGAGCACCAAGCCCAAGAAGACCGGCCCCAGCGUCGGGGAGCUCAUCGUGAAAGCCGUGUCCGCAUCUAAGGAGCGCGGCGGCGUCUCUCUGGCCGCCCUCAAGAAGGCUCUGGCCGCCGGCGGCUACGACGUGGACAAGAAUAAGGCCCGCGUCAAGAUCGCCGUCAAGAAGCUCGUCAUCAAAGGCACGCUGCUCCAGACUAAGGGCACCGGAGCCUCCGGAUCCUUCAAGCUCAACAAGAAGAUCAAGGCCGACAAGCCCAAGAAGAAGCCCGCCGCGGCCAAGAAGCCCAAGAAGCCUGCCGCCAAGAAACCCGCCGCGGCUAAAAAGCCCAAGAAGCCCGCGGCAAAGAAGCCCGCCGCCGCCAAGAAGACGCCCAAGAAGGCCAAGAAGCCAGCGGCUCCCAAGAAAGCCGCCAAGAGCCCCAAGAAGGCGCCCAAGAAGCCAGCCGCCAAGCCCAAGAAGCCAGCCGCCAAGCCCAAGAAGGCCGCCGCCAAACCCAAGAAGCCUGCCGCCAAGAAGGUCGCCAAGCCCAAAGCCAAGAAGGCGGCUCCCAAGAAGAAGUAAAGCCCAACACACUUCCACGCUACAACCAUAAAGGCUCUUCUAAGAGCCACAC